AUGGAGAGCGGGCAAGUGACGAGCAAAACCCACCGCGCCUUGCCCAAAAUCGCAAAAAGCAGACAGUUGUCCUCCGGUAAUUGGAUCUACUAUCUUUUAAUCAAGCCGCGCUUUGGGGGAGGUGGUGAUUCAGAGAUGAACCCCACCGCGCCUGUAACACGAUACAUCUAUUCAUAUUCAGGGUCACCCCAAUUAGGCUACAAGUAUGUCGUAGAAAUACAUUUGGCGCAAAGAAGCAAGCUACUGCACGCGUCUGGCAAGACUCUCCUCGUCUGA